AUGGAAUCGAAGGAUGCGUACACCACGCGAAUGCUGGAAGAACACAAAGAGUUGAUAGCAGAGUGGACAAGAGAGCAACAUUCCCUGAGAAAGUCUGUCCUCUUUGUCGACCACGAGCUAGACUUCUUCGUUCCCACAAGCGGAUCAGACUUCCAGCAUGAGAUGAGUGUCGUACAACACGACUUCGACGUUCCCGAGGUCCAUCAGGUCAACAUCGGCGAACCUCUCGUGACCGCCCUCAAAUACGUUGGAGGGCUCGAUAUUAGCUUCGUCCAACAGUCAGAAGACUCUUCAGGUAUGACUGAGUCAGAGGAGUCCCAAAGUCAUGUGGUCGUCACUGAGAAUGGACCCAAUGCGUACGCGACAUUGGUUGUGGUCGAAUAUCCCUCUCUAGAGCUACGACACACAAUCACGCACGCGAUUCACAUGGACGUGCCGUACAUCCCUACAUUCUUUUCAUAUCGAGAGGCGCCCGUGUACUUAAGACUCAUCAAUGCACUGCGAGAAGAGCUGGCGGCAAGGAACGAGCAAGACCAAUUCCCUCAGGUGUUCUUAAUAGAUGGAAACGGAAGGCUUCAUGUUCGCGAAACAGGAGUUGCUUCUGUCGUGGGAGUACAGGCGAAUGUCCCAACAAUUGGUGUGGCCAAGAACUAUCUGCCCCAUCACCAAGAUAGUUUGCAAGGACAACCGUGGGCAACCUCUACUGCACAUUGGCGCUCUACGCAGCAUGGGAUGCGGGAGAUGAUACGCCGUGUUCUUUUGAGUCAUGGUUCAUGGUUCGGAUUAUAUGAUGCUAAGGGUGACUCAUAUGCGGGUGCGGCACUCAUACCCCCGACGUUGAAAGCACCACUUUUUGUCUCCCCAGGACAUCGUGUAUGCCUCGAUACAGCUAUACGAGUCACUCUGGCCUUGGGUAGAUAUAAGAUACCCGAGCCCAUUCGGCUGGCUGAUAAAAUAUCUCGCGCCGCGGUUGCUGCCUCAGUCACAAGCUCAUAG